AGGCGGCCGGGGAGGCAGAAGGCUUCUGGCUGAGGUGUGCGUCCCUGCCUGCCCGCGCGGGGCCGCAGCCGCCCUCCACAUGGCCUCCAAGCAGGCCUCCGGGAGGGGCCCGGGGGAGAAGCGCAAGAGGGUGGUGCUGACGCUGAAGGAGAAGAUGGACGUCUGCGCCCGCCUGGAGCGGGGCGAGAGCAGGAAGGCGCUGAUGCAGGAGUACAACGUGGGCAUGUCCACACUGUACGACAUCAAGGCCCACAAGGCGCAGCUGCUGCGCUUCUUCGCCAGCUCCGACUCCAACAAGGCCCUGGAGCGGCGGCGCACGCUGCACACGCCCAAGCUCGAGCACCUGGACCGCGCGCUGUACGAGUGGUUCCUGGGCCAGCGCGCCGAGGGCGUCCCCGUCUCUGGGCCCAUGCUCGUCGAGAAGGCCAAGGACUUCUACGGGCAGAUGCAGCUCACCGAGCCCUGCGUCUUCUCGGGCGGGUGGCUGUGGCGUUUCAAGGCCAGACACGGCAUUAAGAAGCUGGACGCGUCCAGCGAAAGGCAGGCGGCCGACCACCACGCGGCCGAGCAGUUCUGUGGGUUUUUCCAGAGCUUGACCACGGAGCACGGCCUGACGCCGGAGCAGGUGUACAACGCCGAUGAGACCGGCCUCUUCUGGCAGUGCUUGCCCGGCCCCGAGGGCGGGCCAGGGCCCGGGGGCAGGCAGAGCAGGGACAGGCUGACCGUGCUCAUGUGUGCCAAUGCCACAGGCUCCCACAGAAUCAAGCCCUUGGUCAUUGGGAAAUGCAGCGGCCCCCGGGCUUCCAGAAGCAUCCAGCACUUGCCCGUGGCCUACCGGGCUCACGGGAACGCGUGGGCAGACCGGGCGGUCUUUUCUGACUGGUUCCAUCACAUCUUCGCCCCCGCAGUGAGAGAGCACUUCCGAGCCCGGGGUCUGCCUGAGGACAGCAAAGCCAUCCUCCUGCUGGACAGCUCCCGGGCCCACCCGCAGGAGUCCGAGCUGGUCUCUGAGAACGUCUUCACCAUCUUCCUGCCCGCCAACGUCACCUCCUUAAUUCAGCCCAUGGACCAGGGCAUCCGACGGGACUUCAUGAGGAAUUUCAUCAACCCCCCUGUCGCGCUGCAGGGCCUCCACCCGCGCUACACCGUGAACGAUGCCAUCUGCAGCGUGGCCUGUGCCUGGGACGCCGUGCCGGGUGCCGUCUUCAGCCGGGCCUGGAGGAAGCUGUGGCCCGCGGCCACGCUGGCUGAAGGCUCAUCGUCUGAGGAGGAGCCCGAGCGCCUCGGAGCCAAGCCUCAUGACCAGGCCUUUGCGCACGUCCUGGAGCUUGGGGGAGAGGUCAAGUCUCGCCCAAGCAGCAGACUCCAUGGGAGCGUGACCACCGAGCGGGCUGGGCCAGGGCAGGAGGCCGGAGAGGCGCGCCCGGGCCAGGGCCAGCCAGGGCAGGCUGAGAAGGAUGGCCGGGCCGAGGCCGCCACGGAGGGGGAGGAGGCGGAGGCGGCCUGGGAGCGGGCAGCCGCAGCCUUCGACGCGGUGCUCCGCUUUGCCGAGGGGCAGCCCUGCUUCACGGCGCAGGAGCUGGGGCAGCUGCGCGCUCUGCGCUCCGUGUUCAUGCGGCAGCGGCAGGGACGGCGGCAGCGUCCGGCCAUCCGGGCCCUGAUCAAGCUCGAAGCCCCCCAGGAGCGGGUGGGGGGUGGUGCCCCCUUGGGCCCCUCCCCGUCCACUGCAGGCAGGGACUGAUGGCGCCCAGCAGGGUGGCCGAGUGGUGGCAGCCGGCAGGAGCCGCCCCUGGGGCAUGGGUGCUGUGAGGCACGCGGCCCUCACAUUCCAGUUAACCUGUGUUACCUGUCAUGUCACGGGAACGUGAGGAAUGCUCUGGAAGGGCCACCCGACCUAGAACAUCCCAGAGCUUCCUGUGGCCGGAGGCCAGGACGGGUGGGCAGACGGUGGUCUGGUGGUCGCUGGCUGAGCCUUGCCCUGACCGUGCAUAGGGUUGUCUCUGUGCCAGAGGACAAGAGCGGCGCUCAGGCCGGCCAAUGGCAGUAGCUGCUGCCACUCGACAGGUUGGCCGGUCCCAAGGCCGCCUCUCCCACCCUGGGGGGCUCGGGCUGCUGGUCUGGUGGCUAUGCCCGUGUUAGGGGGGGCCCCAAGGCCAGGUCCCUGGGGGCGGGGACUCCGCGUAUGACCUCCAGUGGGCAGAGUCCCUGCUUGUGUCUUUAUAGGCAACCUGGCAUCACCCUGUGUACACGUCCCCACUUUUGGUGGGGUCUCACCUAGCGGCACAAGACUUCCCGGAGAGUUCCUCUGUGUUUCCAGCACCGCCCCCCGCCCCGCCCUUGGGUUCGGACCAAGAUGCGGCCGCGUGCUGGUGCCCUGGUUGAACUGCUCCGCCUAAAGCAGGCGAGGGCAUCGGGCCAGCCUGCCUGCCGCCCGGCGGACGACCACGGGCCCGGUGCCGUCUCCAGCGCCUUGGCUCGGAGUCCAGAGCCCGCAGCCCCACGUUCCCAGAAUUUCACAUUCCUCGGCCUUCACACGAAUAAACCUCAAUCAGGCCUCCUACGGUUUGCACAUAUGUAAUAAAGACAGGAAGACCCGCUGCUCAGAUUUCUAGCCAUAGUCG